GUCUAUACCGCAGCUAUUGAUAAGUUAAUCAACUCACAAACGGUUCAAAGGACAGUUUCGUGAUCAUCAUCUUCGGAGAUGGCAGGUCCAUAUUUAUCCCCGUUACCUGGAGAUCUUCUAACAGAGUACAUGUUCGGCCGACGCCGGCAGCGCCGCAACCGAACAACGUUCACACCACAGCAAUUGAGUGAGUUGGAAAGCCUUUUCCAGAAGACUCAUUACCCUGACGUGUUCUUAAGGGAGGAAGUUGCUUUGAGGAUCAGCCUUUCCGAGGCUAGAGUCCAGGUAUGGUUCCAGAACCGACGUGCAAAAUGGCGCAAGCAGGCCCGCCUUCAACUUUUACAGGACGCCUGGAGGAUGCGCUGUCUUGGUUUAGGUACUCCACCGCUGCCUAUGCCAGGUCACACAAAACCAGACUCAUCCCCCGAAGGUCCUGAUUCGCCGAACGGGAAAGAAUCUCCUGAACCGCUACCACCGGCUCCAGAAAAUCGAGAACUCAAAUCACCACGGCAAGAUCCUUACCUGCACCAUUCAAAUAUUCCAGAACCUAUACCGUCUAUUCCACCAGCUCACGACAUGACAAUAGCCUAUAGAACAGAAGAAAGAUACCAGCAGCCUUUCUCGUUCACACCAUUAAUGAUGCCACCAAUCGACAAUACAGAUAUAACACCAACUGAUUUAAGAGUGAUGACUGCAAAGAGUUGUCCGUGUCCAGAAGAUAUUGUCGAACCACAAAAUUUAGCUUAUCACCAACGAGAAGACAGUGAUAGUGAUGCAGAAAUAGAUCUUACAUCUCAUUCUAAAGACGAUGAACUGAGAGAGUCAGAACGACUGGCUAACAGGAUAGCUACUAGCAUUUUCAGAAGUGACGCGGUUCUGCAUGAUCUGGUCCCAAAUGACUUGAGUCUUGUGAAAAAUGGCGAAAGAAGAAAUAAUUUGUCUAUGUAGUCGCGUAGUUCAUUUCUUGUCCAAUGUUAGUGUCUACC